AUGCUGUUUUUGGAUAUCAAAUUCAUUGUUACUGAUGGCUCACAAAGACGAGCUACAGAAAAGACUCGCCAUUUCGAUCAUCAGACUCAGACCCUCAACCAGACACCGAAUUUAUUAAGAAGCGAAGAGGCUUUCGUGAAUACGAUGAUAUCUGGGUACGUAAGACGGGCAUUCUCGUACCGAAACAUGUUGUGGCGGCUCCAAGCCUCACAAGUUGUUCGUGCUCGUGACGUGUUUCCUAUACAAAUGUGUGAUAGCAGCAGAGUGUUCAUCAUUUCGGCAACGCCUAACUUUAUUGCGGAUAGCCGCAGAGCCUACGCCAAAGGGAGAAAGUCAAGGGAUGAAGGGGGUGUUAGUACAAUUGAAGUUCCACCAAACGUUGGUCCUACUAUCAAGGCAAAUGCUGUCUCACAGAUGGAGGCUGCAAUGGCUGCAUUAUCAGCAGAACUAAGCAAGCUACGAACAGGAAGGGCAUCUCCAGGAAUGCUUGAUCAUAUUAUUGUUGAAACUAGUGGUUUGAAGAUGCCUUUGAAUCGGCUUGCUGUUGUUUCAGUUUUAGAUCCAAAAACCUUGUCUGUUAAUCCUUAUGAUCCAGAGACACUUAAACAAUUAGAGAAUGCCAUUGUUUCAUCUCCAUUGGGCUUAAAUCCUAAAUCAGAUGGUGAAAGAUUGAUUGCUGUUAUUCCACCAUUGACCAAAGAGCAUAUGCAGGCUAUGACUAAGUUGGUUGCUAAAUCCUGUGAAGAUGCUCGUCAAAGUAUUAGAAGAGCUCGGCAAAAGGCAAUGGAUGCGAUAAAGAAGCUGAAUUCAAGUCUCCCCAAAGAUGACAUAAAGAGACUGGAGAAAGAAGUUGAUGAUUUAACAAAAAAGUUUAUCAAAACUGCGGAAGAUGUAUGCAAGGUAAAAGAGAAGGAAGUUAGUCAAGGUUGA